AUGUCCUCUGUUCCUCAAGUGGCUCAACAGAUUAGCCAGGAGCAAAGCCAACAGCAAAAUGGACCGAACUUGUCAAGUUUGCAUAGUUCCUUUCCUGCUCCACACAGCAGGAACCCAGCUUUUCUUCAGCAAGUACAACCAGCGGGCUGUGAUAAGCAGCAGCUGAUUUUGGUCCCGGCUCCAGUUCCCCUAUGGCAACAGGAAAAUGAGAUUCUGCAGCAGAUAAUAGCACUGAGGAAAAAAGGUUUAUGGUCUCUGAAACGUCUGCCCAAACUCCAAGAGGCCCCCCGGCAUAAAUCACACCGUGAUUAUCUUCUGGAAGAAAUGCAGUGGAUGGCAACUGAUUUUGUUCAAGAAAGAAGAUGGAAGAUGAUAACUGCCAAGAGGCUGAUUUUAAGUGUGGCUCAUUGUCACAAGGAUAUGAUACAUCAUAAAGAAACAUGCAAGAAAAGAGAAGAGAAGCAACUGAGGGCUGUUGCUGCUUUUACUGCUAGAGAAAUUGAACAUUUCUGGUCCACCAUGAAACAGGUGGUAGAUUUAAAACUGCAAGUAGAGUUAGAAGAGAGGAGGAAAAAAGCAUUAAACUCACAGAACAUCUCAAAAAAAGAAAUAAGAGACUCUUUGAAUAAGAAAGAGAGCCUUCAGAAGGAGGUGGUGCUUCCAGAUCUUCUCACAUCUACUGUAAAUAAAUACAUGGGAGAUUUAGCAGACAUUGCUGCUGCUGCAGAAGCGUUGUUACCUAAAGGCAGUGCUCAAAUCACAACAGUAGUAAAAAGUGAUACUCCGCCUUUAUUCUGCGGCACUCUUAGAGAGUAUCAGAAGACUGGACUGGAGUGGUUGGCAAAGCUGUAUAAGAUGAAUCUCAAUGGCAUUUUGGCUGAUGAAGCUGGACUUGGAAAAACAGUGCAAGUUGUUGCUUUUUUUGCACACCUAGCAUGUAAUGAAGGUAACUGGGGUCCUAUUCUUGUUGUUUCACAAAACUUUAAUGUGCUCAAGUGGGAGAUUGAACUGAAAUGCUGGUGCCCUGCUUUGAAAAUUCUUCUGUAUCUUGGGAACCCAGGAGAACUUUUUAAAAAAAGACAGGAAUGGACUGACCCCAACAACUUUAAUGUAUGUAUUGUCUCCUGCAAGCAAUUCUUUAAAGACUAUGAUGCCUUCAUGAAAGUACAAUGGAGGUACCUAGUUUUAGAUGAGAGGCAGAACGGUCAUAAUCUGACAGAGAAGCGCUGGGAUGAAAUAUUCAAUUUCCGGAGUCAUCAUCGUUUACUCUUGAUGGAUACCCUUCUGCCUACGGCCUUAAAAGAUCUGUGGGCCAUUGUCCGUUUCCUGGUUCCAGGGAUUUCCCAAUCCUGUUUGGAUUUUACGAAGGUAGCAUCUGUGAAGGGGAAUGAAGAUCAUUACCAGAGUCUCGCAGUGAGGCUGCAGAGAGUAGUGCAGUCAUUUAUUUUGCAGAGGUCCAAAAUUCAUGUUGAGAAGCAGUUACCAAGGAAGUACGAGCACGUGCUGACAUGUACACUUUCUAAUCGACAGAAGUCAAUGUAUAAAAACAUCUUGUCUCAACCAAGAACUCAAGAAUAUCUUAGAAGUGGGGACUUUGCCAGUGUCCUCCAUGUUUUGACACAGCUGCUAAGAGUGUGUAACCAUCCUGAUCUGAUAAGUCCCCGGCUUCCACGUUCUUCCUUUGUGUUAGACACGCUGGAGUUUACCACCGCUUCUGUAGUGCUGAAUGCGUUAGGAUGGGAUAUUUGGAAGCAUGCAGACUGGUCUCUCUUUGAUGUGAUUGGGAUGGAAAACCAAAUGACAUGCUACGAAGCACAAAUACUGCCAAAAAUGAAGGUAACUAGGAAGCUUAUUGAAGAUAUCUACUGUUCUCCUUCGUCACACAGACUUGAGCCAGUGAAGCUCAAACCCAAUAGGUUAUUUACCCCAGUGCAGUAUGGACAGAAACCCGAAGGUAGGACUAGAGACUUCUCAAGGUCUCAGUUGCAGCAAACAGUGGACACAGCAACAAUUGUGGCAGAUCAUCAUGAGAAAAUACAAAGACGACAACCCGUUGUGAUGUUUUCAGAGUAUCAGCGUAGGAAAGCCAGCAAGGUAGCACUUGGCCCAAUGGCUUCCACAGCUGGAGCACAAGUGAGAAUUGCUCAGCCAGAGAAGCCUGUAACAUUACAGUUUAGAGGGAAAACAUUUACUUUGUCUUACAGUCAAUUCUGUCGGCUUAUUGGUGGACAGUCUCUGAAGCAUCAAGAAGAAAAAAGACAACUAAAGGAACACCUGGACAAAAUAUAUUGUGGGAAUGAGCGUCGAUGUGCCAGAACCCCCCUGUAUGGCAGAGACUUGUUGGAAAUUUGCUCUUGGAUCAGUGAAAGAAAAAUCUCUCAGCAUUGUUCUGCCAGGAUUAACAAAUGGCGCUGGGCCGGCUUUGCAAAUUGCCUUCCAUAUUCAAGUACUUCAGAGGUUCUAAAAGUUCCAUUGCAAGAACUCAUUCUGACACUGAGGCAGCAACAGAUCACCCUGAAGGAUGUUGUUACUAGAGAUCUGCGCACAUUGCCAGCUGUAGCUGUUGCUCCUCCAUAUUUGUAUGUAGCAAAUCCUCCUUAUACAUACAUCCAUGAAAUGAAAGUCUUGAAGUUUAAUCUAAAGGAACAGAUACUUCCCUACUUCCAUUCAAUGCAGCAGAUAGCAAGACCUCACUUUCUACAGUUUCCAGAUCCCCGACUGGUGCAGCGUGAUUCAGGCAAGAUGGAAGCUCUGGCUGUUUUGCUCCAGGAGCUGAAAGCAAGACAACACCGUGUGUUGAUUUUGACACAGAUGAUUCCAAUGCUUGAUAUCCUGGAGCUUUUCUUGAACUUCCAUUUUCUCACGUACGUAAGAGUUAACGAGAGCGGUGCUCACAGUUGGCAUUAUCUGGAAUCCAUAAAAAACUUCAACCAAGACAAGCGAUUCUUCUGCGCUAUUCUUUCUUCCCACACUCCUUCCACAGGUGUCAGCCAUAUAGAUGUGGAUUCUGUUGUCUUCUAUGACACUGAUUUAGAUCCACGGAUGGGUACAAAGGCUAAAGAAUGGUGUGAUAAAAUUGCAAGAGGCAGAGAUAUUCACAUAUACAGGCUUAUAAGUGGUAAUUCUGUAGAAGAGAGGCUGUUCAAAAACGGUAUUAAACAUUUGAUUCAAGCAAUGGCUGCUCAGGGAGAUGAUUAUUCAACAGACUUUUUAACUCAGGUUCUUUGCUCUGAAUAUGGAAAAGAGGAUUCCAGAAGGUUUACAGAAGAGACACGAUCUGAGAUAAGAGAUGACAUAGAUUCAGAGUUGCAUGAUUCAAGAAAUACCAUUGUUCCGUCACAGUUAGAACAGCUGGCUAGCUAUGUGGAUCAGCUUAAGCCAAUUGAAAAGUAUGCAUUGAAUUUCUUGGAAUUGUUUCAUACUUUGAAUGUUCAAAAAAGCCAGAAAGUCAACAAGGAGUUAAGAACUGCAAAUACAAAAUGGGAAUAUCAGCAUGCCAAGGAGCUGGAAAAGGUAGAAGAAAAACUUCAUUUUGAAGAGGAACUCUUAACCUAUACCAGAGAAGAUGCUUAUAACACGGAAUUUGUCUGUGAAGGCCCAGAUGGAGAAAUAGAAAUAAUGCCCCUUUGGACUCCCCCUGUUGUACCCGAAAAUCACGAUGAUGUCUACACUGAUUCAGUUAUGUGCCUGACGUACACUAGUACCCCGAUUCCAGAAUCUAAGCUUCCACCCUUUGUGAGGAGGUUGCGUAAGCGACCGAGAACAGAUCUGUCAUCUUCAGGUGAGAGAAAGAAGCAUUGCCAUAGAAGGAUGAUUGUUCCUCCACCUUCACUUUUCAAUCAAGUGACUCCAAGAAUAUUGAAAACACGACAGAAGGGCAAAGCUCAGAAGACCCUCCUUUGGGUAAAGCAGAAAACCUAUUCUGCAAGACCUUUGUCAGCUCUCAUCAAGUCAGCUGCUGACGCUGGGCAAGACAGUCCUGCAUGGCUAGUUGCUGAAGACUUGGCACUGUUAAAAGCGGUGAAACAGUUACGGGCACUUCCUUUAAACCUUGCUAUUGUCUCACCAGCACAGACAGCAAACUGGGACUUUGUCAGCGAUGUCGUUAACUCUUGUAACUAUGUUUAUCGCUCCCCAAAGCAAUGCCAGAAUCAUUACAUAAAAGCAUUUGCAGGUCCAGAAGGAAAGAUCAUGGGUGGUUAUCCUCUUCAUAUUAGACAAGCCUAUGCUAAAGACCAGAAUUCUGAGUGUACUCAAAUCUAUAUGAAUCGCUUUGAGUUGAUGACAGUGACUGCUAGAAAAAGAAGUUCCUCAGACAGGUUUCU